AUGAAAGAGUUCAGUGAAUAUGACAUAGAAGCUUAUGAAUGGUUGAAGAAGAUCCCACCACAACACUGGGCUAGAAGCCAUUUCACAGUGUUUAACAGUAAAGUGAUAGAAGGUAGGGAUAAACCAAUAAUCACAUGCUUAGAGUACAUUCGGGAGUACAUGAUGAAGAGGAUUUGCAAUGUGAUAAAGGUUCAACAGAAGUGUGUAGGUCCAUUGACUCCAACAACAACAAAGAUCAUGGAAACAAACACAAAAAAUGCUUCUAACUACAUAGCCAGGUGGAAUUCCUCAGACAAGUAUGAAGUACAAGGACCAUGGCAAGAUCAACAUGUUGUUGACAUGGGCCAAAGGGUAUGCAACUGUAGGAAAUCGGAAUUAAUAGGAAUUCCUUGUAGGCAUGCGAUUGCAGUCCUAUUUGAUAAAGCUGGCAAUGGUGAGAAUGUGGGAGAACUUUACACUUAUGUACACAAGGUGCAUUGGCUUGAAACCUGGAAAGAGGCUUAUUUCUACAAGGUAGAACCAAUCAAAGGUCGUAUCAUGUGGACUGUUAGUGAUUGUCCAAUAAAGAUCAGCCCUCCUCGACAUCGUAACCAGCCUCGUAGGCCCAAGAAGAAGAGGCAAAGAUCCAUGGAGGAAAAAUCUCAAAGUCAGAGCCAAACUCAAAGUCAAAGUCAAACAUUUGGUGCUAGUGGUAUAGAUGGUCAUGGUCCAAGGGGCAGUGGAAAACUCACAAGGAAGUUCAUUACUGUCACUUGUAGCAAGUGUAAAAACAAGGGACAUAAUGCAAGAACAUGUAAGGGGCAAAGAGGAAAUUGA